CCUCCUCCUCCUCCCGCGCCGCCCUCCCGAUACGAUACACACAACACAACAAACAGAGCAGCGCGACCGCGGCGACAUCGUCCCCCUGCCUGCCCCCACCCCCUCCCUUUUCUUCCCCGUAGCAGCGCAGCCGCACCCCACCAGAAAGAAGAGACGCGCCGCGCCGCGUUGCCCAGCGCCGCGUCCUCCGCGUGGGUGGGGGCUUAUGAUUGAGCCGGGGGCCGGCGCCGCGCCUGCUAUUUAGGGAGCCCGCACCGCCGCGCGGGAAGCGGAGCGAUCGAAUCGCAUCGACAGAUCGAUCGAUCAAGCAGCCUGCCGAUCGAUCGAUCGACCGAUCGAGGAGAGCGCCCUGCACGUCUGCUGUUGUGGUGGGGAGGAGAGAGAGGGAGAGGGAGAUGGCGUCGGGGUACCGCGCGGAGGAGGAGUACGACUACCUGUUCAAGGUGGUGCUGAUCGGGGACAGCGGCGUGGGCAAGUCCAACCUGCUGUCGCGGUUCGCCAGGGACGAGUUCAGCCUCGAGACCAGGUCCACCAUCGGCGUCGAGUUCGCCACCAAGACCGUCCAGGUCGACGAGAAGCUCGUCAAGGCGCAGAUCUGGGACACCGCCGGCCAGGAGAGGUACCGCGCCAUCACGAGCGCCUACUACCGCGGCGCGGUGGGCGCGCUGGUGGUCUACGACGUGACCCGCCGCGUGACGUUCGAGAACGCGGAGCGGUGGCUCCGGGAGCUGCGGGACCACACGGACGCCAACAUCGUGGUCAUGCUGGUGGGCAACAAGGCCGACCUGCGCCACCUCCGCGCCGUCUCGCCCGAGGACGCCGCGGCCUUCGCGGAGCGGCACGGCACCUUCUCCAUGGAGACGUCCGCGCUGGACGCCACCAACGUCGAGCGCGCCUUCGCCGAGGUGCUCCGCCAGAUCUACCACGUCGUGAGCCGGAACGCGCUCGACAUCGGCGAGGACCCCGCCGCGCCGCCGAGGGGCAAGACCAUCGACGUCGGCGCCGCCAAGGACGAGGUCUCGCCCGUGAACGCGGGCGGGUGCUGCUCGGCUUGAGCCCUUUUUUUUUUCUCUUUCCCUUCCCCCCUUUAGCCCUGGUCAAACAAAGAAAUGCUUUCCGACUGCCGCAAUCUUUCUUGACAUGGUCAAGCGGUUGGGGUGGUUGGCGCUCGACAUUGACACCGUGUUUUGGAGAGGGCGGCAUGUUGUUUUACAACCUUGCAAUCGCUGUCCUAGUGUGUAUUCAUCGGUCCGUAUGAUUGAUACGGUAGCAUAUAUAUAAUUAUUACAAAUGACAUGUUAUGACUUGAUAUGUUGGCGAUGGAAA